UCUCAAUGCCCAGUUUUGCCGAACACUUGGAUAAUAAAGAAAAAUUUUUGCUACGAUUUAAAAUUUUUCCCUUAAGAAGUAGCAUAACACUACUAUAAAAUAUCUGAGGUCUGUCCAGUGAGACCAGUUUAAAUAUAGUUGGAGUAAAAUGGAAAACAAUUCAGUUAUGGUAAACUUCUAUUUCUAGACUUGCACUCUCUUCUUAAUAUAAUAAACAUAGUAUGCAAUUAUAAACCUGGGAACAAAGUCCUCUUUAUUGAAAGAAAAGUAAAUAUGUAUGCAAAUCUCAAAUGAGAUAAACUAAGCAUUAAUUGCAAAAAAAGAAGUCCCAUGGGACCAAACACCAAUAUUUGGAAGGAGUCCUUGUGGUUUGGGAAAAUUGAAAUGGGCAUAGUCUUUUGUCUCUAGGAACCCCAUAUGGAUCGCACUGCCUAUGUGCAAAGUUGCAGGGUGGGGACCAUGUGCUGUUUAUCAUUUUAUUCCCGGCACUUAGCAGAGGGCCUGGCACAAAAUAAGCACUCAAUAAAAUGUGGAAAGAAAGAAUUCUACAGCUAUAGUUUAUGCAGUGUUUUUCCAACUUUAAAAGAUAUGGCCCACAGUAAAAAUCACAUUUUAUACCAACUCCUGGUACAUUCAGAUACACACACACACUUGCAUUACACAAAAGUUACGAAGCAGCACUUUCUUUAAUACAGUAGGUGUGUUCUGAUUAUUUCUGUCCUUUUUGCUUGACUAAAAAAUACUGGUUAUGACUGAAUAAAUUGAUUUCAUAACCUACUAAUGGAUCAAGCCUUGCAAUUUGAAAAACAGACAUAUUAUUUCAGUUUACGUUACUUAACCUCUUACAUUUAUACACUUCACUACCCAUAGGUCUCCUUAAGAAAAAAAAUCACAAAAUUUUUGAUCCAGAGGGAAUUUAGAAAAUAUUCAGCUCAACUCUAAAGUUUUGCACCACUUAUGAAUUCACUGUUGUGGGGUUCCCCUUAGUCACUGUUAUUGAAUUAUGGGAAUUUUCCGACCAAAAAACAGAUUGGCCCCCAUCUCACAUCAUAUACAAAAUUUAACUCAACAUGAAUUUAAAACCUAAAGAUAAGAACUAAACCUAUAAAACUCUUAAAAUAAAUAUUAGGAGCAAAUUUCAUGACUUUGGGUUAGUCACUGAUAUGACUCCAAAAGAAAAAACAGGUAAACUGGACUUCAUCAAAUUUAAAAACUCAAAUGACAACAUCAAGAAAGUAAAAAGAACCAAGCAUGGUGGCAUCUGCCUGUAAUUCCAGCUAUUCAGGAGGCUGAGGCAGGAGGAUCACUUGAGCCCUAAAGUUCAAGACCAGCCUAGGCAACAUAGCGAGACCUCGUCUUUAAAUAAAUAAAUAAAUAAAUAAAUAAAUAAAUAAAUAAAUAUUUUAAAAUGUAAAAAGACAACUUACAGCCUGGGAUAAUAUAUUGGCAAACCAUGUAUCUGAUAAGAGACUUGGAUAUAGAAUAUGUAAAUAAAUAACUCUUGCAACUCAACAAUAGAAAGAAAAAUAAUCCAAUUUAAAAACAGGGAAAGGAUUUAAGUAGACUUUCUUCAAAAAAGAUAAAUGGCUAAUGAACACAUGAAAAGAUGCUCAACAGGAUAGUCACCAGGGCAAUGCAAAUCAAAACCAUGAGACACCAGCUCGGGCAACAUAGUGAGAUCCCAUCUCUACAAAAGAAUACAAAAAUUAGCUGGUGUGGUGGCAUGCACCUGUUGUCCCAGCCACUUGGGAGGCUGAGGUGGGAGGAUUGCUUUAGCCCAGGAAUUCGAGGCUGCAGUGAACUAUGAUUGCACCACUGCACUCCAGCCUGGGUGAGAGAGCAAUACCUUGUCUCAAAACAAACAAACAAACAAAACCCCAUGAGGUAUCACUUCAUACCCUUUAGGUUGGCUAAAAUAAAAAAGACUAUAACAAGUGUUGGCAAGGAUGUGGAAAAACUGGAACCCUGACACAUUGCUGGUGGAAUUGUAAAAUAGUGUGCCCACUUUGGAAAACAGACUGGCAGUUCCUCAAAAACACCGAGUUACCUUAUGAUCCUGCAAUUCUGUCCCUAGGUAUAUACUCAAGAGAAAUAAAAAUAUAUGUCCACAAGUAACCUUGUACAUGAAUGCUCACAGCAGCAUUAUUCAUAAUAGCCCAUAAAAGUAGAAACAACCUAAAUAUUCAUCAAUUCAUGGGAUGAAUAAACAAAAUGUGGUAUAUAUGUAUAAUGGAAUAUUGACCAUAAAAAGGAAUGAAAUAUUAAUAUAAGCUAUAACAUAGAGGAGCCUCACAAAUACUAUGCUAAGUGAAAGAAGAAAGUCACAAAGGACUUCAUAUUCUAUGAUUCUAUUUAUAUGAAUUGUCCAGAAUAGGUAAAUCUAUAGAAAAAGAAUAACUCUACCUAGAGUUGGUGGAAUGACUGUUAAUGGAGAGGAGGUUCCUUUUUGGAGUGAUGAAAAUGUUCUAAGGGUAGAUUUGGUGAUGAUGGCACAGCUCUGUCAAUAAACUAAAACUCAUUGAAUUGUACAUUUUAUUUAUUUAUUUUUGAGAUGGAGUCUUGCUCUGGUGCCCAGGCUGAUGUGCAGUGGCGCAAUCUUGGCUUGUAACCUCUGCCUCCCAGGUUCAAGCGAUUCUACUGCCUCAGCCUCCCGAGUAGCUGAGAUUACAGGCACGUGCCACCACGCCCAGCUAAUUUUUGUAUUUCUUAGUAGAGACGGAGUUUCACCGUGUUGGCCAGGCUGGUCUUGAACUCCCGGCCUCAAGUGAUCCACCUGCCUCGGCCUCCCAAAGUGCUGGGAUUACAGGCGUAAGCUGCCAUACCCGGCCUGAACUGUACAUUUUACUUGUAUGGUAUUUACAUUUUAGAUUAUAUUAAUUAUUCCUCAAUGAAACUGUAAUUUUAAAAAGCAGGCUAGGCGCAGUGGCUGGUGCCUGUAAUCCCAGCACUUUGGGAAGCUGAGGCAGGAGGAUCACUUGAGCCCAGGAGUUUCAGACUAGUCUAGGCAACAUAUCAAGACACAGUCUCCACUAAAAAUAAAAAUUAGAAAAAAAUUAGCCAGGCAUGGUGGUGUGCACCUGUAGUCCCAGCUACUUGGGAGCCUGGAGUGGGAGGAUUCCUUGAGCCCAGGAAGUCGGGCUGAAGUGAGCCGUGAUUGCGCCACGGCACUCCAGCCUGGGCGACACAGCAACACCCUGUCUCAUAAAAAAGAAGAAAGAAAGAAAGAAAAGAAAAAGAAAGGAAGAAAGAAAAAAAAAAGCAGGUUGGAACUCUGGAAUGAACAAGAAGUAGGACGCACGCAGCACUUCCGCCUGAGUGGAGACUGCGGAUCCGCGUCAACGUGACUACCUAAAUCACAGGCCAAUAAAUGGUCUUUCAGUGGUCAGUCCCUGUAAGAUCUGUGGCUCUCAGCUUCUUAUCUUAGGGCUGUGGAGGAAGGACACGAGUCUGUUGAUUUAAGCUCUGAAUCUUUUCCCUUGUGAUACCCAUCCUCGCAAAAUUUGCUUCAACCACAAACGAGGACCUUCUGUACCAGAGGGGCAAUAACCACAAUGAAGCUAGGAAGAAAUGCAGAGCACCCUAGCAUAUAGUCCAUAAGCUUCCUGAAGUGGGGGGCCUCAGGCAUCGCUGCCUCCCCGGAGAGGAUCAGGCCCAGAACAGGAUGCUCCAGAAAUGAGACUGGAAAAAGGGAAAGAGGGGCCUCAAGUCCAGGAGACCAGCGGCUUUCUGAACGCGCACCUGCCAACCCGCUUUGGACAGGUCAUGGUGGACAGCGUGGCAGGAAAAGAAAAGGUCACUGUCUACCCAACACAUGAGAAACUGUUUCUCAUGCCUCACGUCCCCACUCCGUCCCCACCCAUGUUGUCUGAGUCCCUCGGUGUCAGAAACACUGCUAAGAAUUUUAAGAAAUUCUGUUAAUGAGUUUAAGAAAUGUUUUUCAUGAUUAAAACUCAGUGACUUGUUAAUAACCAUGUAACUUACAAAUACAAGGAACUCUGAAAGUGUGCAGUACCACCGGAUCAGAAGAGAAAACCAAGGGACCCGAAAUAUGCUUUAAUUAAAUUUUCUUUUAAAAUGUCACUGGAAAGAACAUCUUGGGAAGACAGCCUGGCCGACCGCCGUGUGAAGGGCAAGCCACUCUGGCCGAGAGGGAGACCCACACCUCGGCUCUCCCCAGACCGGCCCUGGCCGGGGGCAUCCCCCUAAAGUUCGGAUCCCUCCUUGGAAAUGGGACCCUCUCUGGGCCGCCUCCCAGCGGUGGUGGCGAGGAGCAAACGACACCAGAUUUGAAAGAAGCCAACACUAAACCACAAAUAUACAAGAAGGCCAUUUUCUCAAAAAAGAGUCAGCCUUUAACGAAAUGACCAUGGUUGACACAGAGAUGCCAUUCUGGCCCACCAACUUUGGGAUCAGCUCCGUGGAUCUCUCUGUAAUGGAUGACCACUCCCACUCCUUUGACAUCAAGCCCUUCACUACUGUUGACUUCUCCAGCAUUUCUACUCCACAUUAUGAAGACAUUCCAUUCACAAGAACAGAUCCAAUGGUUGCGGAUUAUAAGUAUGACCUGAAACUUCAAGAGUACCAAAGUGCAAUCAAAGUAGAGCCUGCAUCUCCACCUUAUUAUUCUGAGAAGACUCAGCUCUACAAUAAGCCUCAUGAAGAGCCCUCCAACUCCCUCAUGGCAAUCGAAUGUCGUGUCUGUGGAGACAAAGCUUCUGGAUUUCACUAUGGAGUUCAUGCAUGUGAAGGAUGCAAGGGUUUCUUCCGGAGAACAAUCAGAUUGAAGCUUAUCUAUGACAGGUGUGAUCUUAACUGUCGGAUCCACAAAAAAAGUAGAAAUAAAUGUCAGUACUGUCGGUUUCAGAAAUGCCUUGCAGUGGGGAUGUCUCAUAAUGCCAUCAGGUUUGGGCGGAUGCCACAGGCCGAGAAGGAGAAGCUGUUGGCGGAGAUCUCCAGUGAUAUCGACCAGCUGAACCCAGAGUCCGCUGACCUCCGGGCCCUGGCAAAACAUUUGUAUGACUCAUACAUAAAGUCCUUCCCGCUGACCAAAGCAAAGGCGAGGGCGAUCUUGACAGGAAAGACAACAGACAAAUCACCAUUCGUUAUCUAUGACAUGAAUUCCUUAAUGAUGGGAGAAGAUAAAAUCAAGUUCAAACACAUCACCCCCCUGCAGGAGCAGAGCAAAGAGGUGGCCAUCCGCAUCUUUCAAGGCUGCCAGUUUCGCUCCGUGGAGGCUGUGCAGGAGAUCACAGAGUAUGCCAAAAGCAUUCCUGGUUUUGUAAAUCUUGACUUGAACGACCAAGUAACUCUCCUCAAAUAUGGAGUCCAUGAGAUCAUUUACACAAUGCUGGCCUCCUUGAUGAAUAAAGAUGGGGUUCUCAUAUCCGAGGGCCAAGGCUUCAUGACAAGGGAGUUUCUAAAGAGCCUGCGAAAGCCUUUUGGUGACUUUAUGGAGCCCAAGUUUGAGUUUGCUGUGAAGUUCAAUGCACUGGAAUUAGAUGACAGCGACUUGGCAAUAUUUAUUGCUGUCAUUAUUCUCAGUGGAGACCGCCCAGGUUUGCUGAAUGUGAAGCCCAUUGAAGACAUUCAAGACAACCUGCUACAAGCCCUGGAGCUCCAGCUGAAGCUGAACCACCCUGAGUCCUCGCAGCUGUUUGCUAAGCUGCUCCAGAAAAUGACAGACCUCAGACAGAUUGUCACGGAACACGUGCAGCUACUGCAGGUGAUCAAGAAGACGGAGACGGACAUGAGUCUUCACCCGCUCCUGCAGGAGAUCUACAAGGACUUGUACUAGCAGAGAGUCCUGAGCCACUGCCAACAUUUCCCUUCUUCCAGUUGCACUAUUCUGAGGGAAAAUCUGACACCUAAGAAAUUUACUGUGAAAAAGCAUUUUAAAAAGAAAAGGUUUUAGAAUAUGAUCUAUUUUAUGCAUAUUGUUUAUAAAGACACAUUUACAAUUUACUUUUAAUAUUAAAAAUUACCAUAUUAUGAAA